AUGACCACAGAGAGUUUUGCAGAGUUCCUGAAUAAGCUCAAGGAAAUCCAUGAGAAAGAGGUCCAAGGCCUGCACAGCAAGGUGGCGGAGCUGACGACAGAGAAGUGCCGACUGCGAGCUGGUCUUUGUGACAGAUGCAUGGUCACUCAGGAGCUGGCCAAAAAGAAGCAGAAUGAGUAUGAGACCUCUCAUUUCCAGAGCCUGCAGCACAUCUUCAUCCUCUCAAACGAGACCAACCGCCUGAGGGAGGAGAACAAAACUCUCAAGGAAGAACUGAAGAGGCUCCGGAGCCUGGAAAAAGCCUCCAGAGAAGCUCCAGAGAAGCUCUCCAAGCAGCAGGACUUCUCCAGGCACUCUCCUCCAAGAAGUCAGCCUUGCAGAAAUAGUGAGUUGGCAGAGGCAUCCCAGAGGAUUUCCAACCAGCUGCAUGGAACCAUUGCCCUGGUGAGACCUGGCUCCAGACCCUGCCUCCUGGAGAAGAGUCCUUCGGGGGCAGCAGUGUCUCCACCAGCAAGGGAGGCUCCUCUCCCUCCGGAGCUCGAGCACAGCCCCAGCCUGGAGGCUUAUUUAACAGCAAGCAAACUGGAGUCCCCCAAGGUCGCUUCAUCCUACGAAAACCUAAAACUGAGUGCCCGGAGGGAGCAGCUGUGCCUCCUGCACAAGCAUCUUUCCCUGCAGCAGCUGGGGCUGGCGAGCCCCUGCGCCCCGGCCGAGCGGGAGGGCGGCAGCUUCCCCAGCCACCUGCUCCGGACCAGGGCUGCCGAGGGCAGGACGCGCUCCCGGGACCCCUGGGAUGACCACGCAGCCCUGCUGAAGCUCCCUGCCACCAUGGUGUACGUGAGGGACCAGCAGCUGGAGGAGAAGCUGCAGCUGCUCAAGCAGCGGGAGCGGCUGCAGCAUCUCCUGCUGCAGCAGCGCCGGCCGGGCUCUCAGCCCCCGUCCCCGCGGCUGGGCACCGCGGCGGGCUGCAAGGAGGAGAGGCUCUUCCCGGAGGAUGCUGCGGAUGGGAAGGAUGAGCAGGAGCUCUGGCUGGGCCGGGAGCGCCCCGAGCAGCGAGCCAGGCUGAAGGAGGCGAGGGACGAGGAUGCGGACGCGCCGCUGGACCUGUCGGACUCGGGCCGGGGCCGGGAGCCGGAGCGGCGCGGCCGCCGGGAGCCACGGGGCUGCGGCAGCCCCCGGCACAGCCCCGGGCACUGCCCGGCCGUGCCCGCAGCCCGCGGGGCACACCGGGCACAGCGGGACAACCUGCACUGCCCCUUCCACUGGCCCAGCGCCACCCGGCCACCGCCUGGUGCUGCCAAGGAGGAGGAGGAGGAGGAGGAGGAGGAGGAGGAUGCAGCUGUGGUAAGUACAGCUUGGCUGGCAUCGUUCCCCACCCCAGGGUGCCCAGCACUGCUGCUGGGACCACUGUGA